UAACAUGAACUUUCAUCAGCACCCGAUCUGAAGGCGGGACACAUUUGGAUGAUCUGUUGCUGUAUGUCGCACAUCAGCAAGAGAAGCACAAAAGUGGGAAAGCAAAAAUUGUAAAAGGGUUUUGAAAGGAUCGGAGCAUUGAAAAUAAAGGGGAGCAGUCGCCGUUACAAGCGAAAAUGGGAGUUGGGGAUGGACGGGACCAGUAUGAGCUGGCAGCAAUGUCAGAGCAAGGUGGGAAGAAAAAGAACAAAAAUAAGAAGGAGAAGAAAGAGAAAGAUAUGGAUGAGCUGAAAAAGGAAGUGGAUUUGGAUGAUCACAAACUGACUUUGGAAGAGCUCCACCGUAAAUAUGGAACAGAUUUGAGCAAAGGUCUUUCAAAUUCUCGUGCAGAAGAGAUCCUAGCCCGUGAUGGACCUAAUGCCCUCACUCCACCACCAACCACUCCAGAGUGGGUCAAGUUCUGCAAGCAGAUGUUUGGAGGUUUCUCCAUGCUGUUGUGGACUGGUGCCGUUCUCUGCUUUCUUGCAUAUGGCAUUCAGGCAGCAAUGGAAGAUGAGCCAGCCAAUGACAAUCUGUAUUUGGGAGUUGUGCUGUCUGCUGUGGUCAUCAUCACUGGCUGUUUCUCAUACUAUCAAGAUGCCAAGAGCUCUAAGAUUAUGGACUCUUUCAAGAAUUUGGUUCCACAGCAAGCUUUGGUUGUCCGUGAUGGUGAGAAGAAGCAUAUUAACGCUGAAGAAGUGGUGAUUGGUGAUCUGGUGGAAGUGAAAGGUGGUGACAGAAUCCCUGCUGACCUGAGAAUCAUAUCAUCACAUGGGUGCAAGGUGGAUAACUCCUCUCUGACUGGAGAAUCAGAGCCUCAGACACGGUCCCCAGAUUUCUCAAAUGAUAAUCCUCUUGAGACCAAGAAUAUUGCUUUCUUCUCCACAAACUGUGUUGAAGGUACUGCACGUGGCCUCGUUAUCAGCACUGGAGACCGUACUGUAAUGGGCCGUAUCGCCACCCUUGCAUCUGGUCUGGAAGUUGGGCGCACCCCCAUCUCCAUUGAAAUUGAGCAUUUCAUCCACAUCAUCACAGGCGUAGCAGUCUUCCUGGGUGUCUCUUUCUUUAUCUUGUCACUUGUUCUUGGUUACUCCUGGUUGGAAGCUGUUAUCUUUCUUAUUGGGAUCAUUGUGGCCAAUGUGCCUGAAGGUCUUCUUGCUACAGUCACAGUUUGUCUCACCCUUACAGCUAAGCGUAUGGCUAAGAAGAACUGUUUGGUUAAAAACCUUGAGGCCGUUGAAACGCUGGGCUCAACCUCAACCAUCUGUUCUGAUAAAACUGGCACCUUAACGCAGAAUCGCAUGACUGUAGCCCACAUGUGGUUUGAUAACCAGAUCCAUGAGGCUGACACCACAGAAAAUCAGAGUGGGACUUCCUUUGACCGUAGUUCGGACACCUGGGCAUCUUUGGCACGCAUUGCUGGGCUCUGCAACAGGGCUGUGUUCCUGGCAGAGCAAACUGAUGUGCCUAUUCUGAAGAGAGAUGUUGCCGGGGAUGCAUCUGAGUCUGCUCUGCUGAAAUGCAUUGAGCUCUGCUGUGGAUCAGUAAAAGAAAUGAGAGACAAGUACACCAAAGUGGCUGAAAUCCCUUUUAACUCUACUAACAAAUACCAGCUGUCAGUGCACAAGAUCCCAAGUGGUGGCACAGAGUCUCAGCAUCUGCUGGUGAUGAAAGGAGCUCCAGAGAGAAUCCUGGACCGCUGUGCUACCAUAAUGAUCCAAGGGAAGGAACAACUAUUAGAUGAUGAAAUUAAAGAAUCCUUUCAGAAUGCUUAUCUGGAGCUUGGGGGACUUGGAGAGAGAGUAUUGGGGUUCUGCCAUUUCUACCUUCCGGAUGAGCAGUUUCCAGAAGGCUUCCAGUUUGAUGCUGAUGAUGUGAAUUUCCCCACUGAGAAUCUGUGCUUUGUUGGUCUUAUGUCAAUGAUUGAUCCCCCUCGUGCUGCUGUACCUGAUGCAGUUGGCAAAUGCAGAAGUGCAGGGAUCAAGGUUAUCAUGGUCACCGGCGACCAUCCAAUCACUGCCAAAGCCAUAGCAAAGGGUGUUGGGAUUAUCUCUGAGGGCAAUGAGACUGUGGAAGACAUUGCUGCUCGCUUAAAUAUCCCAGUCAAUGAGGUCAACCCCAGAGAUGCAAAGGCAUGUGUGGUCCAUGGUGGAGACCUGAAGGACCUCUCCUGUGAACAGCUAGAUGAUAUUCUGAAAUACCACACAGAGAUUGUGUUUGCCAGAACAUCACCACAACAGAAACUGAUUAUCGUGGAGGGGUGUCAGCGAACGGGAGCCAUUGUGGCUGUAACAGGUGAUGGUGUGAAUGAUUCUCCAGCAUUGAAGAAGGCUGAUAUUGGUGUUGCUAUGGGCAUUGCUGGCUCAGAUGUGUCAAAACAGGCUGCUGACAUGAUCCUGUUAGAUGACAACUUUGCCUCAAUUGUCACAGGCGUAGAGGAAGGCCGUCUGAUCUUUGACAACUUAAAGAAGUCCAUUGCUUACACCCUGACCAGUAACAUCCCUGAGAUCACACCCUUCCUUUUCUUCAUUAUCGCCAACAUCCCCCUGCCUCUAGGAACUGUUACCAUAUUGUGUAUUGACCUGGGAACAGACAUGCUCCCUGCCAUUUCGCUGGCAUAUGAGGCUGCUGAGAGUGACAUCAUGAAGAGACAGCCCAGAAACCCGAAAACAGACAAAUUAGUGAAUGAAAGACUUAUUAGCAUUGCGUAUGGACAAAUAGGUAUGAUUCAGGCUCUGGCUGGAUUUUUCACAUACUUUGUCAUCCUUGCCGAAAAUGGCUUUUUACCGCCAAGGCUGCUAGGAAUUCGUAUGAGUUGGGAUGACAAGUAUAUUAAUGACCUGGAAGACAGUUAUGGACAACAGUGGACAUAUGAACAGAGAAAGAUUGUGGAGUUCACUUGCCACACUGCAUUCUUCACCAGCAUUGUGAUCGUGCAGUGGGCCGAUUUGAUUAUCUGCAAGACCAGGCGAAACUCUGUCUUCCAGCAGGGAAUGAAGAACAAAAUCCUGAUCUUUGGAUUGUUUGAAGAAACAGCAUUGGCAGCUUUCUUGUCCUACUGCCCUGGCAUGGAUGUGGCCCUCAGAAUGUAUCCACUCAAGCCCAAUUGGUGGUUCUGUGCCUUCCCCUACUCUCUUCUCAUUUUUAUUUAUGAUGAAAUCAGAAAGCUCAUCCUUAGACGUAACCCUGGAGGUUGGAUGGAGAGAGAGACAUACUACUAGACCAUCGGGUCAACAUGACACCCAUGUGUUGUCUAUGUGGAAUUAAAGUUACAGAAUUUAACCUCUGUACAUUUUUAAAUAUUUUAUAUAGAACAAGUUUAGAACUGAGAUCCUACUGGCACUACAUUCCAUUCUAAAGGUAGACUUGAAAAUAAUAAAAUCACGGGAAAAGAUUUUAAAGGUGCACUCAGUAAUUUUUUUCCUCAUUAAAAAUCCUACUCCUAAAGACAUGAAUUGUAAUUUUGCAAUAUAUGUAGGAAAUCAUGACCACUCACAUUUAAAUGAAGACUCCAGUCAUUACUGUAACCUUAUAAAAGCUGUUUUAUUCUACACUGAGAGGUUCCGCAUAUGUUAGAAUCACACGACCAGCCGAAUACUACUCGCUUACUCUUAGUAACCAUCCUGUUAUUUGACACAUUCACUCAUAGAUUACAGUAAUCAUGGUUGACUGUGAAUACUAAAUUUCUACAAUGGCAUCUGAAACUGAAAACGAUUGAUUUUAAAUGAUGCUGCAUCCAAGCCGCUAGGUGUCAGUGUAAGUCCAAGAUGACACAAAGACAAAAGUUACUGAGUGCAACUAUAAGUGUUUUAUGUGAAUAAACUCUGUGUCAUUCACUAAAGAUGUGGUCUUAUUGAAUAAAUAUCUACCUUGUAAGCCACAAUAUGGUUUUUAAAUUUUUGUGCUUGCAUGUCAUUUAAAAAUAUUGAUAAUGGUACACAUGGAAAUACCGGUUAACAGGUUCUGAAUUUAGAAAGUAUGUCAGUGAUAAUGGCCAGUUUUUGUGCAGAAGUUGUCAGGGAUGUUGUUGCAGGUCUGUAUUGUGUAAUCUAGUGAAAUUCAUAGUAUUGAAUUUACACUCUAAAUUUCAGAAACAAAGAUAAUAGGCCUGUGCGGUGUAAGUUGUAAACAGGCAAAAUAAUCAUUUACCUGCAUAGCCAGGGAAAUUGAAGGUCCUCCAUUGUUAAAAUAUCUAAGUAAUACCUCUCUUAUAUUGUUCAUGCUGAAGAGUGUUUUUGCAUUUUAAAUGCACCCUGAAUUGCUCUUUUAGGAUGACUAACUGCCUAGUAACCUAGAAGAAAAGAAAUCAUGUUGGCAUGGAUAAAACCCAGUAGCCCUAAACUAUUUCAUUCAGAAUUUAAGGCACAGAAUGUAUUUUCUUUCAUUCUUUCAUUCAUUUAGAGUCCCCUGGAAUGUUAAGCCAUUCACUUCCUUUGUUUAUCUACUUUACAUGCAUGCAGUUACUCCAGCAGAUUUGGCAUAACACACACACGCUCACACACACAGAAGUUUGUUUCACUAUAUUAGUGAGGAUUUUUCAUAGACUUCCAUCGUUUUCAUACCAGGCUAAUGGUAUUUUCUAGCCCCUAUCCCUUCACCUAACCCUAAAACAAACCUGUGCACAUCAGUAGAUUUAGAGCUAAAAACGAUUUGCCCAAUUUGUGAGACUGUUUUAACUAGUGAGGAGGACUAAAAUGUAAUGUUUUGUUAUAUUAGUGAGGGCAUUUGCGUAUACACGCACGUGCACACAAAUAUGAUAAACGCUUAUUUUAGCAAAACAAUUUAUUAGACAGUGCCUCAUUCAUAUGCCUGCUAACAGGCCUACCUUAGAGCAGGUCCCACAGCAUCAGUGGUUCACAAAAAAGAAAUUAACCAAAUUUGAGCAUGAAUGUUAAGCUAGUGUUGUAGUGUAUGGCUUAUGUUCCUUUGAGAGCAUAUCUGUAUUCAUCACCUGCAACAGGAGUAACAAGAGUGACACUGUAAAAUAUUCACGCUCCAGGUUGUGCAAGGUGCAAAACACUGGUGAUGUCUAUUCAAAAAACAUUCUGACUAAUACAGACAUCUUGCAGUUCAAAAUGAUUAACUUGGCUGUGGUGAACUACUUGGUUGUUUUGGUGACAUACUGUCUGAGAUGGUACAAGGAUUUUCACCCUUUGUCUCCAUUUUUAAAAGAAUGAAAAUAUGUAUAGAAUGUACUUUACUGUUACUGUAGACAGCGUAAUCUGCGUAUAGAGAGCUGCGGAACUGAAACUCUGUAUAUAUCGUAAAUGGGUCAUUCCUACAAUUAGGUGACAUUCCGGCUUUGAAACUUUUGAAAAAUAAAACAUACUUUUACAAGUUU